UUUGACACUUUGGAGCUGUGUGGAACAUUUCUAAUGUUGUUUUACGUUGAGGUUGUGCACGCUAACUGUAUUAGCUCAGCAGCUACAGGGAAGAUUUCAGCUUCUCAAACAUUUACUAGACGAACAGAAUCCAUUUCAUGUUUUUAUUUUUAUUUUUUAGUCAGUUCUUUAGGAGAAAGCUGCAGCCCGAGUAUGCCGUGCACAUUUUUUUUUGGGUGAACUGUUCCUUUAACAUCCUGAGAGGCGAGACGAGAGCAGCAGGUUGGAUGUGAGAGAGAGAGAGAGAGAGAGCUGCAGAGACAGGAAGAGAGAGAGAGGGUUCGCAGCAGAGAAGAAGUGUGAGCAGAGGUUAGAGGACGACGCUCGUGGAACAAGAACAACUGAAAGAUAUUAAAAGGAGACUGAAGCUCCUCGCUGAUGAACAUCCACCAUCUUUAAAGACGUGUUAUUAGAAAGAGAGAGAGCAUCAUCAUCAUCAUCAUCAUCAUCGUCAACAUGAAGAAGUCGUGGAGUCGCCUCUGCCUCCUCGUUCUAGCAAUGUCUUCUUUUUCCAGAGGACAAAGUGAAAGUGUUCAGCCAAAAGAUCAAGACAAGUCAAAUAUCACAACAAACACAGAUUCCCCUCUGAGUUCGACGCUGACAGCUGCUGAACCUACAAAUGAAACCGUCAGCCAGGCGUCUGCCUCAAUUUCUCCUCAGACUAAUUUAUCAACGACGGCACCAGCUGAACCUUCACAAACCAAUAAGACUGCAGGAGAAGAUGGCCAUGAACAAACUGGUGCAUUUACAGAGGGAGUCAGUGGCAUCCCAGCCUCGACGCCAAGCAGCGGGAGGGAGGCUGGCGCCAUCGCUGUGACGACAGCAGUCACCACGGCGACGACGGCUACUUCACCAAAGCCAGUGAUAAUUGAAGAGAGCGGUCAGUCGUCCUGGGGUUAUGUGAUCCUGGUGUUGAUCAUUUUGAUGAUCAUCGCUCUGUGUGUCAUCCUCUACUUACUCAGGAGAGCUGCCAGGACGUACUCGUUCGACCUGCAGCGUCCGCUUCCCGUCAACCAUCACAACGAACCCACCGGCACCUUUGAGCCGGUCUACCUGGACGACCUGGAGCGACCAGCUCCGAAAGACCAAGUGAACUCAGACGACCUCUCGCCUCCUCCGGUCGCCAACGGCACAACUUCAGCACCAGAGGAGAAAGGACCCGACGGAGAGAGCGCUCCACAGGAACACGAACAGUCCGAUGCUAACGGCCUGACUGGUGAGACGUCGCCCACCAGUAACACCAGUCCCUCGCUGGGCGACGACCCGGCUGAGAAGACGACCAGCCCGCUGAGCAGCACCGACCUGCUCUUCGACACUGUCGGGGAGGAGAUCGGAAACAACAGCAGCCCAUCGGUUUGCUCCAGCGACCCGUUCGUUGAGAUCAACCUGGAUGACCCGGCGUGGUGCGAUCAGCUCCUCUCCUCUCCCGAGGCUCCGUCGUCCGUCCUCCCCUUCACUCCUUUUUCCUUCUCCACCUCGUCUUCUUAGCGCCUUCGACCGAUGAUCCCCAGUUCUACAUGGAAGAAGCUUCGGAGUCCUCAGAGAGUCAGCAGAGAUCAUCCAGUCAGCUGUCGACGGCGUGCAGCCUGUAUCUCCACUCACAAGCUGUAAAUACAGAGAUAACGUUGUGUGUUUAGAUGCCUUUAACAAACUGACCAGCCUGAUAAGUUUAAAGAUAAAGAAUUUGAAUGUUACGCCAUUUCUGGUGGACCAUCAAGGGACCUGAUUUCCAGAGUUGGGUAGAGACGAGCUACAUUUACUACGUUACGUACGGGAUUCACUUUUUUGUUGUUGUUGUAACCCCCCACCCCCCUUUUUAAAGUAGUUUUUAAUGCAUCAUACUUACUGUUACUUGAGUAGGUUUUUGUUGUAAGUUAGCCGGUUCAGAUGGUGGAAGUUUCCCAGCGCGCACAAUCAAACUUCUGCUGAGCAGCUUUCAUGGCGCUGAAGGCGUCUCCAGGGUUGAAUCCAAGUUUCUGAAUACGUCCAAACGUUUCACCAAAGCCGGACAGAGAGCUGAAGCCUCGUCCACCAUGGGACCGAAUAUUUGUCUGGUAGUGAACGAGGAGAGAUAAUUCAUCAUCAGAUUAAUAAAACAUCAGACUGUGAAAAGUUAGUGAUGCUGCCGUCUAACUGCGCUUCUCUCACAGAACUGCAGUCGUCAAUAUGAGCAGAUUCACUGUGAUGUUCAUCUUGUUCAGAACCUUUUCUGACCCAGUUGGCUCCAUGUUGGUUCUGGUGACACGAUGUAGUUCACUGAGCUUUAACACAAUGAUGUUGACUUUAAUUACAACAAACUGACACUUUAUUGACUUGAUUCACCAACAAACAAAUUCUUUGUCUCUCUUCAUUCACGACCAGACAAACGUUUUUAUUAAAUAAAGUAAAACAGGAAGGGGCGGAGCUUCAGCUCUCUGUAACGUGUUUCUGACAUUUAGAAAGUAGAUUUUUGACAUUUGUUUAUCAGUUCAGAUGUUUAGGAGAAAUGUGUUGUGUGUGAGUCAAACUGAAUCUGUUGAUGUCGAAAAAUGAUUGAUUAAAAGUCUUUUUUU